CCCCGCAACAGCAAAGAAUUUCUUUAGAAGAUAUGCAAAAAGCAAUUCAAAAUGCAUUGGCACAACAAAAAACCGAAAACCAGGCAUUAGUAAAGAAAAUUACAGAAUUACAAUCACAAAUGACUCAGCAAACGCAAGUACCUGCUCCACAAACUGUUGAACCCAUUAGACAGCCGAGAGGUCCACCAUCUUCAUUGAAAACAGAGGAAGGUCUCAAGAAUUAUUAUGUAUCAGAAUACUUAAAAGAAAUAGGUUUAUUAAGUAAGGAAGAUUUAGACUCAGAUUAUCCUGUAAAAUCUUUUCAAAGACCUCAAGGACUUGAAGAAACUCGGAAUAAUGUAAAUCAGUUAGCUGAUCUAUUUCAGAAAAAAGCAUUUAUACAAAAAUGUGGAAUUUGUGGAGAAACGGGCCAUAGUAAAGGAAGUUGUCCAAAAAGACCAAUAGCUCAAUCUAAAUUCACUCGGUCAUAUUUUACGCCUCUUACACUUAUAGUUCCUCCCGAUUCAGAUGGUGAGAAAAAUGGUGGGGGUGGUUAUGAUGAGGAUGAUAAUAGAUGGAUUGAAUAUGACCCACCGGUAAAAAAAAACAGGUAAAAUCUAGCCAACCUGAAAUGUAUGAUCAGCUAUUGUCUAAACUCUCACCAC